GGAGCCGCUCCACGGUCGUGUUUUCGUUGUCAGAAACAUGGAUGCGAGUCAGAUAAUCGAUGGACUUGUUUUCUUUAGCAUAAUAACAGGUAGCAUCAGCCGGGGGAGGCGGUGAAGGGAAACUUCACCUGGAGUCGGUCGCCGGAAAUUACAAAAAUUUGUGCGUUUGUCUUUAUCGAGUAAGAACAAUAACAAAAAAGGGUUAAGCCCUUCUCUCCCCGCCGAGGAAGCGCUCCUUUUGUCUCUGACGGUUGUGCGGGUUUGUUUGUCAUCGUGUCAGUAUGGACAUGUACGGGUACAGCGGUGUCGUGUUGGUGAAAAGAUUCUUGGAUAAUGUCCCGUUUGAAGUGACAAACAUGUCCGACAUUAGCAAGGCGAAUCCUCACGGCUGCGACAACGGAGCUCUGACGGACAGGUUCGGCGUCUUGAUCCAGGGACUCCUGGCUAUCGUCGCCUUCAGCACGCUGAUGUUAAAGAGGUUCCGGGAGCCUGUAGGGAUCAGAAGACCGUGGAGGAUCUGGUUUUUCGAUACGUCCAAACAAGCCAUCGGUGCUCUCUUCAUCCACUUCGCCAAUGUCUUCCUGUCCACUCUAACCAAAGAGGACCCCUGCUCUCUCUACCUGAUGAACUUCCUGCUGGACGCCACUCUGGGGAUGUUGGUCAUCUGGCUGGCUGUGAAGUUGGUGUCCAAGUUGGUGGAGUACAAGCAGUGGACUUUGCUCAUAUUUGGAGAAUAUGGUGACCCCCCGCAGGCAGCAGCAUGGCUGGGCCAAUGUGGCGUCUACAUGCUCAUUAUGGUGCUGGAGAAAGGUGUGAUCAGCCUGGUGCUGUUGAUCCCUGGAUGGUCCAAGUUGCAGGAGGUGUUGCUGAGCUACAUAGCUAACCCUCAGCUGGAGCUGGCACUCGUCAUGCUCAUUGUGCCCUUCAUAGUCAACUCCAUCAUGUUCUGGGUGGUGGACAGCCUGAUGAUGAGGAAGUACAAGACGAUGAAGGGCCUGGACGACUCCUCUGACAGCUCGGUGAAGAAGGCCGAGUCUCUGCCGUGGAUGGACAGUGAGGAGUCACAGGUGAGAGUCCUACUGUCAGCUGAGACGGACACAGAGGAGGCUUCAGACGGGGAGGAGGAGCCGGACGAUUUUGGACCAGUCCCCCAUGUGCAGUAUUCAGGUGGACCACUGAGGCCAAGCUGGGUGGUGGUGUAAACACAUGUGAUGUGUCCUUCAUUAAUGACUGUCCUCACUCACAACACUCAGAAGAGCAUAAAUAAAAAAACAAACUCCCAUCCAUAUCUUCUCAGACCGUCCUCAGUCUUAAUGUCAGCUUCUUAAUGCAAGCAAAGGCACACUUUAAGGUCAUAUAACCUGUGAAUGUGAAUACUACACCUUUAGCUGCCUUCUUCUGGAUUGAAGGUUAGAACACUUAGAACGCGAGUGCGACUCAGUAUUUACAUGCACAUAGCAUUUUGGGAAUUAGAAAGUCUUUAGCCUCUCUCUUGACUGCCUCCACUUGCUGCAAGAGAACAUCAGACAAACCACAGCUGAACACACUGUGUGUGUGGAGAGAGAUCAUUAAGGUGCACAGUGCCCACAGGGCAAAAUGCAUGGAUGGUAAUGACAAAGACUAAAAUAAAUCUGUCUUCUCUCAACUCAAGGGGACUUUUGGAAAUGGCGUUUCUCUAAGGAGAGCCAUUUAUCAAGUGUCAUGUUCCAAAGAGGAGCAAGAAAGUAUACGCUAUAUAUAAAAGGUUGUAUUCAAAUAUAAUCACUUCAAAUCCACCUUUUUAUUUAAGGUGUAAUUAUAGUCAUUCCUGCACGUUCUCCCCCCGGCUGCUUACUUUAAGUUAAAAGGAGGAUCAGCGGUCUCUUAUUUUUUUUUUUUUAAACCACACACACGUCAGUGCUUUGGCUGCUGCAGUUUCAACAUGUGGAUGAUGUGGUUGAUGAAAUACACUACCAGCACCUCUUAAGCUUGUUUUAUACUCCUGGGUUGAAUCUAUGGAUUACCUUCCUCUGACAUCGCACCACCAAAACGCCAGCCGUGUGUGUUGUUUCUUCCAUAGACUGUAUGUAAAUGAUGUAACCACAGUGGUCCAAUCUCGUAGCGUCGACUCAAAGUUUCUGACGUCACCGUCAUAGUUUGUUCCAAAAAAAUUGGGUUCUAACUGUAAAGCUGAGCACACUGUAUGCUCAUAUGGUAGCAACUUGCUUGUCACAAGUAUGCCAACCUCCUUGUGAUUGCCUGUAGUUUGCAUGGAAGACGCCGACUUGUCUACAAAUACUCACUAACUGCUGAGUGGUGGGGAAACUGUAAAAAGUGCAACACAAACCAGAAACAAAGAACACGUGCCUUUAAAAGUUGUGCCUCACUACUGACACCAACAUGUUUCAAAAGGAUUAACUUUUAAUUUGAGGCUGAACAUUUUGCAUUUGCGGUUUAGUUUCACUUUAGCGAGUAGCUGGUGAGUUUGCAGAUACGCCAACGGCUUCCAUAUAAAUUUUAGGCGACCACAGCAGUCUGCUAGUGACCAAAGCAAUCACAAGGAAGGAAGUCUUCAGUACAGCACUGUAUACCUCUGUGCAUCCAGUUUAACCAAUCAGCUUCCCACCAACUGGUCAGGAAGUCCACACUUCCCUAGCUAGCAGACUUCAGCAACUAAUGGCAGCUAGUUAGAGAAUGCUCAUUUUCCCCUAGCAACUGGCAGUCACCAUCUAGUCUCUGUGACUGGGACCUAAGAAGUAGGUUAAUUUUUCAGACUUCUAUACAAUACGGCUUCUUUUGGCUACUACAGUGGAUACCCCCUGCUGGCCAUUAGAAAGAAUGCAGGCUGAAACCACUUCGGCAUUGGCUUCACUUUUCACACCUGGAGGCUACCUUUAUUUAUUUUUUAUUUGGGUGUACUUCAGACAUUUUGAAUAGAAACUGAGCUAAUCAUGUUGAACUUGGAACUAAUAAAUGCUGAGCAACAGCUAUUUCUACUGCAACAUAGGAAAGAGAAAAGACAUUAGUACUGAUUUGGUCAAAAGCUGCGGAAAUGAGAGAACUGCAUGUGGUGCAUUGGUGGCUAUUGCUUUAGCAUUGUGAGCAAGCCAGACAGAAUUACAACCUAAUACAUAUUUCACACAGGCAUUAUACGUGUUCCAACACGUCAUGCUGUUACCAAGCAUAUCAGUCAAGACCACAAAAUGUACCUGCACGCCUGGUUAUGGAGUAGGAUAAAUGUCCAUAGUAUAGAUUUAACAUGGAAGCGUCAAUCAAGCUUAAAGCUUAAUAUCAGGUAUUUUUGGGCACUUUUUUUUUUUAUAAUUAUGGAAUAUCUCGUAACACUUCAAAUUUUUUUGUCUCCUAUAGGAGGCCUUUAUGCCACAUGGUAGUGGGAUGAUGUAUUAAACUUUUGCAAAGUAUAGCACAAUGUUAUUUAUUCGGUUAUUCUCUACAUAUGUGCUCCAGUCUGUGGUAAAUGCAGUGAAUAGGAGCAUUAGUGAAUAAAGAAAAGGUGAGAGUUUUGAGUCUUCAUCACCAGGCUAAAGGUGGUAAACAGGCAAGUGUGAUGGAUGUGCGUUACUUUAUCCUAAAAGUCCACGUUUACAUCUAUAAUUUCAAAGGUCUACAGUUUGAUAUAUAUAUUAUCUAUAAUAUUUUAUUUUGUAUUUCAUUGUACCUUAUGUUUUUUUUUUUAUUUGUUUUUUUUAUAUAAUAUAAACCAAGUUACAAUCAUGUGGAUGACACAGCACAGCAUGACCUGUAGUAUCCACAGGCCGUAAGCUGCCACAGUGCUUCUUACGAAUGUAUUUAAUCUGUACUAUGAAUAAAGAUGAU